UGUCACGUUCACGCUCCUAUCUCAUCGCGACGUAUUUUGAAAAAUGCGCCGUCUGCCCUCAGUAGUCAUUAUAUGUUUAUUAACAAAAACAACGUUUGCUAGUUACACAGAGAAUGAAUCUGGAUGGCAUGGAGUGUUUAGUUAUGGACCUACGAAUUAUGGCUCUAUUGAUAACGCACAAGUUCGUCAGGAUGAUGCUUCCUAUGCAAGCAAUAUUCCGGUUUCCUCUUAUGGAAGCAAUAGCGGUUUUCAAGAAGAUUUAGAUCAGAAAUUAAAUAUUGGAAAUGUUCAGACUUCAUUCACUCAACCUGUAGCGAUUAGUGAGCACGUGGAAAUUACGAAGCCGAUGGUAGUGCCAAUUGUAAAAAAUAUUGGAGUUCCAGUAGCACAGCCCGUGCCAAUUCCUGUGCCACAUCCUGUAGCAGUAACUGUUGCUCAGCCCUAUCCUGUUCAAGUUCCUGUUGCCCAGGCCGUCGCCGUACCAGUUGUGAAGACCAUCGCGAUUCCAGUCGAGAAGAAAGUGCCGUAUCCGAUCGAGAAAAUCGUACCAGUGCCCAUAGAAAAGCUGAUGCCAAUAACUGUAGAAAAGCACAUACCUUUUCCAAUAGAGAAGCCAUACCCGAUUCAUAUACCAGUUUAUAAACAUAUUUUCCAUCGGAGAACGAAAAAAAAAUACCGCCGCACUCGCGGUCGCAGUCGAAGAUACUCGAAAUACACGUGCCCAAACAUGAAUAAAAUCGUGUUUCUUUCUCUGAUGUCUUUGGCUGCGGCCAUGCCGGUGAUCGUGGACCAAGACGGUAGACAAUAUGUGAUGCAAUUAUUCAGCAUCCAGCACACAAUUGAUCGAUCCGAUCAGGAGAUCUCUGGUACUUCCGGCGGCGGUUAUGAUGGUGGUUACGGAAGUAGCAGCUACGGGAGUAGUAGCUAUGGAAGUAGCUACGGGGGUAGUGAUUAUGGAGGCGGUCAAGGAGGUGGUGGUUACGGUGCUAGUUCCAGUGCGCAUCUAGAGUCAUCCAGCGAUCUUGACAGUGGUCAUCAAGAUUUCUCUUCCGGUGGUGGUGGAUAUGAUGCUGGUCAUGGCAGUGAUGAUGGCAGCCAAGGAAUCUCACUAGACAGCGGGCACAAUUACGUUCACAGUGUUCCCAUUUCCGAACAUGUAGAAGUGACAAAACCCGUAGCUGUACCGGUUUACAAACACAUCGGUGUCCCGGUUCCAAAAUCAGUACCGAUAGCUGUGCCGCAUCCGGUAGCAGUUGGUGUUCCGCAACCUUAUCCCGUCCAUAUUCCCGUACCGAAACAUAUUCCUAUACAGGUAGUGAAGACGGUGGCAAUUCCAGUAGAGAAGAAGGUCCCUUAUCCUGUUGAGAAGCAUAUACCAGUACCUGUCGAGAAGCCGGUUCCUAUUACGAUCGAGAAACAUAUCCCUGUUCCAGUAGUGAAGCCAUAUCCCAUCAAAAUUCCUGUCUACAAAACCAUUUAUCAUCACGCGAAAAAGCAUUAAUAUGUGUCUAAGGGAAAAAGAAGCACAAUAUAUUACACAUAAUUUAGAAGUAAUCUUUAACAAUCCAUAGCUUU